AUGUUAACGUAUUUUCUAUGCUAUUCUGGCGGUUCAGUAAAUACUAUAAACAAAAAUGUUAUAUCCCCAACUGUUAAACACAAUGGGCCAUUGAAAGUGUCUAUUAUAGGUAGCGGAAGCUGGGGUACAGUCAUUUCGAAAAUUAUAUCUGAAAAUACUCAAAGAUCUAAAAUUUUCCACCCAAUUGUAAGAAUGUAUGUCAAUGAAGAAAUUGUAGACAACGAAAAAUUAAGUGAUAUAAUAAAUAAGACAAAGGAAAAUGUAAAAUAUAUGAAAGGAAUGAAACUACCAAAUAAUAUUGUAGCUAUUCCUGAUAUCGAUAAAGUUAUUGAAGAUGCAGAUUUGCUUAUCUUUGUUGUUCCCCACCAAUAUUUAGAAACCACAUUAAGAGAAAUUAUGAAAAAUAAAAAUCUUAAAAGCACCGCAAAGGCAAUAAGUUUAAUGAAAGGAAUAAAAAUAUGUGACUAUAAACCCAUGCUAUUAUCAAACAUAAUAGAAAACAUGCUAAAUAUUGAAUGCUCUGUUUUAUCUGGGUCAAACAUUGCCUCGGAAUUAUCUACAGAAAGUUUUAGCGAAGCUACAAUAGGUUUCGAAAAUUUAGAAACUGCAGAAAUAUGGAGAGAAUUAUUUGACCGAAAUUAUUUUAAAAUAAAUUGCAUACAGGACAAAGCAGGUGUCGAGAUGUGUGGAGCAUUAAAAAAUGUUGUUGCUUUAGGAAUAGGAUUUUCAGAGGCAUUCAAAAAAAGUUAUAAUACCAAAUCUGCUAUUAUUAGAAUUGGCUUGGAGGAAAUGAAAAAGUUUGCAAAAUUGUUUUUUCCGAACGUUCUAGAUGAAACCUUUUUAGACAGCUGUGGAGUAGCCGAUAUUAUAGCGACCUGUUUAGGAGGUCGAAACGUAAAAUGUGCAACAGAAUUUGCCGUUAGAAAUGGCCAAGACUCAUGGGAUAAAAUUGAAUCAGAGUUGUUAAAUGGGCAAAAACUUCAGGGGGUAUACACGUCAAAGGAGAUAUAUAAAAUUUUAGAGAAUCGCGAAUUAAAAAACGAAUUUCCAUUAUUCAGUAUAAUUUAUGAAAUAGCAUUCGGAUAUAAAAAUCCGUCUAGUAUUACUAAUGUUCUUUCAACGAAAAAAUUAAGACAUAUUAAAUAUAGAAAGUAA